UCUAACUCACCAAAGACAUCAGAACAGAGAGCACUUCUAUUCUUUUAUCAGCAAGGACAGGACAAACCUCUGAGCUGUAGACGGAGCAAUGGCACACAGGAUCGGUAACACCGAGGGGAUUGUUGCUGGCACUAACACAGGGAACAUUGGUUCUAAUAAUCUGAUCAAUAUUAGUGGAGGAACAGCAGCCCAGACAACAGCUGAUGUUUCAAGUAAAGGAAAAGGAGGUGAAGUCAAACCUGCACCCACUCCUUCAGGGACCGGCAGCAAAGCGAGCGGAGGAAAAGGGGUCCAUAUUGGAAAUGUUACUAACAUGACAGCCGGGGGCAACGCAGGGAACGUCGGCUCAAAGAACACCAGCAAUGUUAGUGGAGGAGGAGAAGGAGUUCAAAUCAGUGUUGGUAAUGUGAGUAACACGGCGGUUAGGGGGAAUGCUGGAGACAUCAGCUCCGGUAACAGCUGCAAUGUGAACGGAGGAGGAGAAGGAGUUAAAAUCGGUGUUGGCAAUGUGAGUAACACGGCGGUCGGGGUGAAUGCUGGAGACAUCAGCUCCGGUAACAACUGCAAUGUGAACGGAGGAAAAGGAGUUGAAAUAAUGAUCGGCAAUACAGCAAACGCCGGGAUCUGGUCCAACAGCGAAGGCAUGGCUUCAGGGAACAACGUGAACUUCAACUCAUGAAGUUCUGCUGCAAAACAUCAUGAUCAGCACAAAUCUGUGCUUGUGACAUCUAAUCACCGAAACAACAAAAUACCAAAUGUAAUUAACGACAUGAAAUAAUAAAAAUAAUCAAGAGAUUGAAGAUUUGUUUUUGCAGAAUUGUUUGUU